AAAAACCUAACUCUCUUCUUCAUUCUCCCCUCAGUUCCGUUCCCGCCGAACCUUCACCUUACCAGCAGCAGCAACCAUGGCCUCCAUUCUCUCCAAGAAGCAAAAGCAGAAGCACAAAAGCACAAAGCUCUCCGACCUCAAAACCCUAGGCCACGACCUCCUCUCCUCCAGAGCCCACGUCAACAACCUCCCUAAGCUCCUCUACUUCGUCUCCCCAACCUCGCCUCCCCAGUUCGUUCUCGAGUCCCUCCUCUCUCUCCAGGCCUUCUUCACCCCUCUCUUGCCUGACCUUCCUUCCUCUUCUUCCAAGCCUUCCGCUUCCAAUGCAUCCCAGGACGACCCUGACUUCAUCUACCGGACUUGGCUCCGGUCCAAGUUCGACGAGCUCGUCGAGUCCCUCAUCCAAGUCCUGCUUUCUCCUCAAUCUGAUGAAACUCUCAAGGAGGUGGUGUUGGACACACUAAUGGAGUUUGUGAAGUCUGGAAAUGGGGGAAGGUUUCACUCUGCUAUUUACCAUAGGUUGCUUCGUAGUAUUGUUUACUCUACGACACCGGAUAAUUUCUUGUUAGACGUGUUGGCAUCCAAGUAUUUCAAGUAUAUUGACGUCCGUUAUUUUACCUACAUCAGCUUGGAAAAACUUUCUAGAGUUCUAGAUGCAAAAGACAUUUCUGAUGACAGAAACCUGAACACAGACGGCAACGAUGGCGGGCAUCCAAGGGAAAGCAUGGAUCUAUUAAUUCGCAAGAUUCAUUACAUAAUGUCACACAUCCCAUCUGUGGAAGCUUCAGUUGAGAAAACUGGUUAUGACAUGUGGAGUGGAUCAGGUGAUGAUGGAGAUAUUUCUGGGAAUCUUAAAGCAGAAAAUAAACAGCACAUGACUGAGAAGCACAAUGAUAAGGUGUUGACUGCAGCCAGUAUUGCCAAAAAGAUGAAAUUGAAAUUUACUAAAGCAUGGUUAUCAUUUCUAAGGUUACCACUUCCACUUGAUGUGUACAAGGAGGUUCUUGCCACUCUUCAUCAGGCAGUCAUUCCUCAUCUAUCUAACCCAGUCUUGUUAUGUGAUUUCUUAACUCGGUCAUAUGACAUUGGUGGUGUUAUCAGCGUCAUGGCUCUUAGCGGCCUCUUCAUCCUCAUGACACAAUAUGGUUUAGAGUACCCCAACUUUUAUGAGAAACUUUAUGCACUACUGGUUCCUUCUAUUUUUAUGGCAAAACAUCGAUCAAAGUUUUUUCAGCUUGUGGAUGCUUGCUUAAAAUCACCACUUCUUCCUGCAUAUUUGGCUGCUGCUUUUGCUAAGAAAUUGAGCAGGCUGUCUAUUUCAGUUCCUCCGUCUGGAGCGUUAGUUAUUAUUGCGUUAGUUCAUAAUCUUCUACGGAGACAUCCUUCAAUCAAUUGCUUGGUGAAUCGGGGAGGUGGUGGUGCAACUGUGAAAGAUGAUCCAGAAACAGAACAGAGGGUUGCUGAUGGUGUAGAUGACACUGCAACUGCUUCAGCAGAUAAGUCAGUCAAAAAACCAGGCGUUGACCCUUUUGAUAAUGAACAAAGUGAUCCUAUAAAAUCAAAUGCCAUGAGAAGUUCACUCUGGGAGAUUGAUACCCUCCGUCACCACUACUGCCCUGCUGUAUCAAGGUUUGUUUUGUCACUUGAGAAUGAUUUGACAGUCAGAGCCAAAACCACUGAAAUUUCUGUUGGAGAUUUUAGCUCAGGCUCAUAUGCAACAAUAUUUGGCGAGCAGAUGAGACGAAGGAUAAAAUUGGCUCCACUUGCAUACUACAAAGUACCCCCCACCUCUUUGUUCUCGGAGUCCGAGUCUGAGUUUCUUGGUUGGACGUUCAAAUGUGAAGACAGUAAGCGAAAGAAUGACAUCAAUGAUGAGAAUGGGAAAAUAGAUCGAGAAUGUGAUCAUAAUUCGGUAAAACGACAACGAGUUGAGUGUUCAUAACCAAAGUGUGCCAUCCCUCUCUUUUGCCCUUUCUUUCAAGGGGGCAGGAUUAUGCUCGUGAAUUAUAAGAUUUGAGCAACAAUUUUGGGGUUCUUAGGUGUAUGUUUCCUCGUUUGUUGAUUUUGUAUGCUGCAACAAAUUUUGAGCUCCAAAAAAGGGUAAAAAGAAAAGCUGCAUCAGAUUUUGAAUUUGACCUACUAUUUUGUUGGCAAGUUAUCUUUGUACAUGCAUUUUUGUAGCCAAUAAUUUACCUUAAUGAUGUGAUCAGGCGUGUUAAUUUAAUCA